UUUUGUCCCACAUAUUGAAAAUUAUUUUAGCAUGUCAUCAAUAAAAAAAAUUGAUAAUUACAUUCUUUUUCUCAUACUAAAUCUUCAUAAUUCACUGGACCCUAAAGUUUGAUUGUACUUAUUUUGUGUUUAUAUCUCACAAAAUUAAUACAGAGGGGUAGCAGUGGGAGGAAGGGAAAGAGAAGGUACCUGCUUGGCUUUCCUCCACACACUUGUACCCGGUAGCUGUGCUUUCUGCCACCAACCUGGGCAUGCUGCUUCCGGUCCCCCAGAGUCUAUUUUGCCGUACUGCUGGCUGCACAAAAUAGAUGUCUCCUACCAGUGCUGCUGCUGGGUGUGGUGCUGGUGGCAGCUGUGGCAUGGCUAGCAGCGGGCAUGUGUACCUGUGAGACUGCCUCCUGUUGUGAAGGAGUUGGUUGCAGUUGGCUGCCAGCUGGUGGGUAGAGUGACUUGAGAAGGAAGACUGUUUUCUAUUACCUGCCAAAUCAGUGUGCAUUGUGGGCCAGGAUGGCAUGGCAGAGCUGGGGAUUCGGCCCUGUUUGUGUGGAGCUGGAGGGGCCCCAAAGCCAUUGCCUGAGACUGCAUAGCUUGGAGCUCAAGGAUGAAGGUGUGUCCUACUGUGCCCCUAGUGCCUAGGUCAGCAUUGCUGACUCUACCUGGUACCAGGUGGGCAGUGCCUGCUUGUGCUCGUCACAGACUGGUGGUUACAGGGAUAGCUCCAGUCACUAGUGCCACCAUUACCUGCUGCUUUAUGAAGAGGCUGUGGAUGAUGAUCCCUUGUUCUCCGGUUCUUGCAGGUGUCUACUAUCUCCUAGCCAGCCAUCAUUCAUUUGACCUACCCCCAUCCAGAGUGAGAGAUAUGGCCUCCAUUCUCCUGUCUUCCCUCCCCAAUUCCUCCUUUCUCUCUGUUUUUAAUCUCAUGCCCAUCCUACAAGAAGGCCAUUUCCUGUUCUCAAACUAGUAUUUCUAAAACGAGAAUAAACUUGCUUUAUUUUUUAAAAAGGGGGGGAAAAUAUGCCUGUAAUCCCAACAUUUUAGGGGGCUAAGGCAGAAGGCUUGCCAGUUUGAGGCCAGCAUAGCAGCUUAUCAAGGCCCUAAAUAGUGAGACCCUGUCUCACAAAAUAAAAGGGGUUGAGGAUGUGACUCAGCAGUCAGUGACCUGGGUUCAGUCCCUGGUACCAAGAAAAAGCAGAUUCAGGAACUGGGGAUGUAGAGUACAUGCUUAGCAUGUGCAAAACAGGGUUCAGUUCCCAUUGCAUGCAUACACACACAAAUAGAUUCAGAUAUCCAAGUUAUUCCAAACAUAUUUGAGAGUUUUCAGGUAGCUAAAUCGUGUUCAUUUUUUUAUUCUGAUUUUAAUUUAUUAAGCAAAAUUAUUUAGUCAUACUAGAUCCUUAAGAAGUGGUCAAUAACACUUGGGGUUAGUACUACUGAAUUAUACUGUAUAGUUACAAGACUACCUUCUGGUCAUGUGGAGAGUAGUAAGAAUCAUAGGAGAUCAGGCUUUUAGGAUAAGCAGCAGCAUCCAAGUCCUGUUUGACAACUUCCAAACUGGAUGAUACUAGCCUAAUUAUAAGUGUUGUCUGAAUUGUAGGUUUCUUCAGUAUUAAGUAUGGUAAUGGUAGGAUGAUUAUGAUAAUUAUCUGAACUUAUAUAUAGAAAGGUAUUAGAGCAACCUCUGACAAAUACCAGUCUUGUCAGUAUUUGUGUAAUUGUACUUGUUAUUGAAUACUCCAUUUUUAGUGGCUUUCACAUAUGUUAACUGUAGAGAGAACACUAAUGUAUGAUGUUUAAUGACUGAUGUUUGAUGUUGAUUAAUGAUUGAUAUGAAUGGGACUCCACAUAACCCUGUAUGAAAAGGAAUGGAGAUUGCUUCUGUCCACUUAGAUUCAUACGCUGCCCUAAAGUGGUCUUGGCAUCAGGGAAGGGAGCAUUCAGGCACAUUUCACCAUCAGCAUCCCAGGAUGGCAGCCAUUGCUUUGUCCCAUGGCCUUCUUUCCACGGAACCAGUCUGCUUUUAUGAAGAAAAGACAAACGUAGAAAGAAUGGUGACUGACUACCAGGCAAAUUAUUACCAGGAUUCAGUGACCUUUGAUGAUGUGGCUGUGGAGUUCACCCUAGAGGAGUGGACUUUACUGGACACAACUCAGAGAAACCUAUACAAAGAUGUGAUGCUGGAGAACUUUGAGAACCUGACCUCAGUAGGAUAUCAGUUCUUCAUACCUAGUCUGAUCUCCUCGUUAAAAGAAGAACAGUUGAGGACAAUGGAAAGUGAAGUUCUUCAAUCUUCAGAAUUGGAACUCCAACCUAGCACCAAAGGGUCAGAGCUUCAGAAUGACUGUAUGACACAAACUUCCAUUGGGAUACAAACGCAGGCAAGCCUCAGUGAUGGAGGGACACUGUGUGACUAUAAGCCAUGUGGAGAAGUACCCAUUGAACAGUCAUGCCUUAUGACAGAUGUGAGAAUGCAAAAUCAAGGAUACAUUUCUGAGGGUAAUGGGUAUGGAGAAAACAUCCUUACUCUACAUAAACAAACCUCUACUGAACAGAACCUUUCUGAGUUGAAUCAGUGUGAACAAGUCUUCAGCCUGACUCCAGAUAUGAUGUACCAGGGAACUAGCAUGACAGAGAAACCCUUUGAAUACAGAGACAGUGGGGAAGCCUUCUUUAAUCAAUCAUACCUUCAGGCAAAUAUGGGAACUCACAAUGGAGGAAAUCCGUAUGAAUGGGAGAAAUAUGGGAACGAACCUAUUCAUGCCACAGACCUUGAUGUACAUCUUCAAAUUCUCAAUGCAACAAAACCCUACAAAUGGGAGGAAUGUGGAAAUGGCUUUCCAUGUUUUGUAUGCCUUAAUAAUCCCAUGGGAACCCACACUGGAAAUAAACUCUGUGAAUGCAAGGAAUGUUGGAGAGCCUUUGCAGUUUCCUCACACCUAACUCAGUAUGUAACAAUUCAUACAGGAGAGAAAUCCAAAAAAUGUGAGCAAUGUGGGAAGUCCUUCACUACUUUUUCUCAACUUUCUGCACAUAUAAAAACCCAUAAUGGAGAAAAGUCCUUCCAAUGUAGGGUGUGUGGCAAGUCCUUUAAAAAUAACGCAUACCUUAAUGAUCACAGUAGAAUUCACACUGGAAGAAAAUCAUAUAAAUGUGUGGAAUGUGGGAAAGCCUUUCUCCGGUGGUCAGGCCUGACUGAACACAUACGAGUUCACACUGGAGAGAAACCUUAUGAAUGUAAGGAAUGUGGGAAAACCUUCUCUAGAUCUACUCAGCUUACUGAACAUAUAAGAACACACACUGGAAUCAAACCCUAUGUAUGUAAGGAAUGUGGGAAAGCCUUCACUCAGUAUUCAGCCCUUGCUACACAUGUACGAAUUCACAGUGGAGAGAAGCCCUAUGAAUGUAAGGAAUGUGGGAAAGCCUUCACUAGGACUUCAGGCUUGAUUCAUCAUGUAAGAACUCACACUGGAGAGAAGCCUUUUGAAUGCGUUCAGUGUGGGAAAUCCUUCAUUACUUCUUCUCAUCGUACUAAACAUUUGAAAAUUCACAGUGGAGAAAAGCCCUUUGUGUGUGAUAUAUGUGAGAAAGCUUUUAUAUAUUCCACAUCCCUUAACAUUCACAUGCGAACCCAUACUGGAGAGAAACCCUACAUAUGUAAGCAAUGUGGAAAAGCAUUUGCUGUUUCCUCACGACUAAACAAACACACAAAAAUUCACACUGGGAAGAAGGCCUAUGAGUGUAAAGGUAUGGGUGUUACUAUUUAGCCCAUCUGUUGUGACCUUUAAAGUUGACAGUGACACCAAAGAUCAUCAGAUUAGUCUUAAUUGCCUUGUAUGGGUUGUAAUGGUUCAGAUUAUCCUUAGAUGCCAUCCUGAUAGUAUGAAAUAAGAUAUGUUGAUCCCCUGGAACUUUUUUUUCUUUUAGUAAUGUUUGGGAUCAACCACAGGGUUGAUGUACCAUUGAGCUACAUCCCUGGCCCCUUCCCUGUUGCCCAUUCACAGAUACCUGAGUCUGAGCACUUGUGGAUCUUAGGUGAGGUCAGUAUUGCAGGUUGGCCUCAUCCUGGUGCUUGGACUCAUAGUUACUGUAGCAUUAAUACAUGCUAUAUGAGAUAAAUGAAGAUUUGGUUCUUAUCCCUUGUUGAUAAGUGGCUGCCAGUGUGGCUUAUUCAUGUGAAAAUUCACCAGACUCCAAGAUGAUAUAGGACACAGGUGAAUUCUUGAAAGACACUCCUCCAAGCAUAUCCUCUAAUCCCACUGAUGUCCCACUGAGCAUGCCAAGAAGGAAACCAUCCUUACCUGUUCUUAAUGGCUAGUCAAUAUUCGUAGCUGAUUAUCCCUACAUCCUCUUCUUAUAAGAUCUAAGAAAUUUACUGCUUUGCCUGCUGGGUUCUUUGUAGAUCCAAGCAGCAGUGUCUUUGCUAGUAUAAUCUAAUUUCUGUUUCUGACUUCAGUUUUUGUUUGUUUGUUUUCCCAUUACUGGGGAUAAAUACAGGGUCUUGCCCAUGCUAGGCAAGCACCCUGACUGAGCUAUAUCCCCAGCGAUUUUUUUUUUUUUUAAUUUCAUUUCAAGAUAGGGUCGCACUAAAUUUCCCAGACUAGCCUAUAACUUAUGAUCCUCCUGCCUCAGCAUCCAGAAGGGUUGAAAUUAUAGGCAUGACCACCAUGCCCAGCCAACCCAUGAUCUUUUUAUCAAAUAGUUGUUCAACAACAUUUUUAGUAGAAGCUUUCUUAGUUUUUGUAGUAUGUUUAGACUAAAAGUUUUCCAAAUCUCCGAAGCUGUGGUUCCUUUUUGCUUAAUAUUCUUUCUUCAGUUCAGCUCUUAUUUUUUGUUUGUUUUGUUUUUGUACUGGGGAUUGGACCCAGAGGGGCUUCACCACUGUGCCACAUCCCCAGCCCUUUUUAUUUUUUUGAAAUGGGGUCUUGCUGAGUUGUUUAGGGCCUCACUAAGUUGCCGAGGCUGGCCUUGAACUUGGCAAUCCUUCUGCCUCAGCCUGCUGCAUUGCUGGGAUUAUAGGUGUGUACUACUGUGCCCACCUCAGCUCUUACCUUUUGCAUUUUAAUAAAGGAGUCAGGAGGAACCAAGCUACUCCUUCAACAUUUUAAUUAUAAUUCUCAGACUUUCAAUUGUAAUACUUCCAGGUUCUACCUUCUAUGAAAUGCUAGAAUAUAGUUCUACCAAGUUCUUUACCUCUGCCUUUCAAGGAUUGCAUUUUCUCCAUUUUUUAAUAAUAGUUCAUUGCCAAGUGACACUUCACCAGAAUAUCCUUUAUUAAUUUUUUUUUCCUGGCAUGUGCUUUAAAAAAUUUUCAGCCCUGAUACAUUACUGAAUUUCAAAGCUGCUUGCACAUUUUUAGGCAAAACCCCACUUUCAGUUCCAAAAUCUGUCAUAUUUAGCUUAGGCCACCAUAACAAAAUACCGUAUAUCAAGUGGCUUAAAAAGUGAUUCUGUUUUGAAUAAAUAAACUGAAAUGAUACAGAAAUUUAUUUUCUCACAUUUCUGAAGGCCAGAAGUCUGAGAUCAGGAGUACCAACCAGCACAGUCAACUUCUGGUGAGGCCUCUGUUCCUGGCACGCAGUUGCCAGCCACCUCAAUGUGUCUUCAUGUGAUGGAGACUAAGAACAAGGUCUCUCUGUCCUCUGAUAAAAUCAUAGCCCUGUUGGAUUUGUUCUCCACUCUUUUGACCUCACUUCAGUAAAGUCCUAAAGACCCCCACCUUAAAAGUCAUAUUGGGGUUUAAAUUAAACAUGAAUUAUUCGAAGUUGCCACUUUAGGGCACAUAAACACAUAGAUUCAUUUAUUUGGUUUGUCACCAAGCAGUCAUAUCUGUAGAGAAUGACUAUUAUUCUAGUUCAACUGUUAUUUUUUUUUUUAAUGAGUAUGAUCUCCAGCACAAUACUGACCAAAAGUAAUAAAAGCAGCAUAUUGUUCUUCAAAGUUCUGAUGAGAUGCUCUCCAUUUUAUUGACUUAUUAGGUUUUACUUUUUACCCAGUCUGUAUAAAGAUUUCUCAAUAUUCCUUAGUUUGUGAGGCUGCAUUUCUCUUGGAUUUAUUAAUUGCCUUCCCUGCAUCCUGUGAUCAUGUUCAUUCACUGGUAAGACUCAAGUACCUAGAACUCCAAUUGGCCUAUAAUGCCUAAUAAGUACUUGAAUGAGUGAAUGAAUGAAAGGACUCUCAAAUGUGGUCAUUUAUUGAUUUUUAUUAUUAUUUAUUUAAAUUUUUUUUUUUAAAUAUUUUGAGACAGUGUCUGGCCAAGUUGCUCAAGGCCUUGCUGAACUGCUAAAGUGUGUGGACUUGUAAUCCUCCUGUCUCAGCCUCCCAGAUCUCUGGGAUUAUAGGCAUGAGCUACCAUGCCUGGCUAUUUUAUUUUUUUAAUCUUAACACUUUAAAACUUUUUUGUGCUGGUGAUCAAACACAGGGCCUCACACAUGCUAGGGAAGCAGUAUACCACUGAGCUAUACCCAGCUAGUGUUAACUUUGUGUUCUUAGAUCCACUCAACUUGGACAUAAUGGAUCAUCUUUAAAGGUAACUUGCAUUUACUAAUGUUAUAAAAUAUUCUCACAAAUAUAUGUUUGAAUAACAAUGGCAUGUGAUUGUUCUGUAACAAAAAGCAGGGUAUGUGCUUAGCAUAUGCAAGGCCCUGGGUUCAUUCCCCAGUAUUACCAAAAUAAUAAUUCAAGAAAGACUUGAAAGAUAUUUUUAUGUAGAUUAUGACAGUAUCAUACAUUGCAUUGGGGAAUAUUGCCAUGUUUUCUAAAUUCUUAACUUGGUGAUUUAUCCUGUUGAUUUAUUCAGAUCUAGAGUAAUUAUUACUGUUUUAGGUACCCUUUUUCUACAAUGAUUUUAAAGCAUUUGGUCAAUUUCUUUUAUGCUUAUAGGACAACUAGGGUUUCCAAUCCCAUCUUACACAUUGUGAGUUAAAAUUUUAUAGGCAUGUUUUCAUUUUCACUUGUGCAGCAAAAAUUUGCGGGUUUUUUUUUCUUAUAUUUUUAAUGUUUACUGGUUGGGUAAUUAAGUUUACUUUAGGUUUCUUGCAUUCUGGAAUGAUUUCUUUGUGCAUUUUUAACUUGUGUUAAUCUUGGCAAAUAUUUAGUUUUGUGAUUUCUUUCAAAAAAUAUUUGUUUUGAAAAAAUCUAAACUUUCUCAUGUUUUCUAUUCAGUUCUUUUUUGAUAUUAAUAUGGCUAUAUCACCCUGAUUUUUUUUUUUUUUUCCAUUUCUAAGUCUCUCUGACCCUUUGUAUAUAUUCUGUUUGUUUUUUGGUGCUGGGAAUCAAACCUAGGGCCUCAUGCAUGCUAAGCACGUGCUCUACCUCUGAGCUACAGCCCAGCCCCAGAGGUGUCUUUAUACUUUAGUAGCUGGAGUUUAAAAAAAAAUAAAAAAUCGAAUACUUGAAAAAUCCUAACAAUCCUUUUCUUUUAUCUCGAACAUUUAGUCCAUUAUGUAUAAUAUAAUUAGUAAUAAAUUUGGAGUAAUUUUUAGCAUCUUGUUUUUUUCUGUUUGUCCUUGUGCUUAUCUGUAUUUGUACUGGUAUUUUUCAUUGAGAUUACUCUACUCUUGGUGUUUUAAAUUUAGGUACUCCGUUACUUUUUAGUUGCUAUCUAAACCAUUAAAUUCAUUAAAAAAUUUUAA